CAAAUGUCAUUGUCAAAGUAAAAGGAUAUAAACAAGAACUUUUCUUACGAUUUAUUAGUUUUAUUUGGUUCGAAAAAUCAAUUUAAACCUUACAUCAUGAAAUUGAAUUGCUAAAAGUUUUGUAUCGAAAGUAGUUCAUGUGUUAGAAUUACUAUAAAAUUGAAUAGAAAGAUGACGUCUAUUAUAAAGUUAUACUGCCUCUCCGGAGCCGGAGACGAAUCUCCACCGUGUUAUGUGCUGCAAGUAGAUGAAUUUAAGUUCCUCUUGGAUUGCGGCUGGGAUGAAAAGUUUGAUAUGGAUUUUAUAAAAGAAUUAAAAAGACAUGUCAAUAGUAUAGAUGCUGUACUGCUAUCACAUUCGGAUCCUCUCCAUCUUGGUGCAUUACCAUAUGCAGUGGGACAGUUGGGACUGACCUGUCCCAUUUAUGCAACACUCCCGGUGUACAAGAUGGGACAGAUGUUCAUGUACGAUCUAUACCAGGCUCACAGGAAUGUGUCAGACUUUGAUCUCUUCACCCUCGAUGAUGUUGAUGCUGCUUUCGAUAGAAUUACACAGUUAAAAUACAAUCAAAGUGUUGACAUGAAAGGCAAAGGCCAUGGCUUAAGGAUUACACCGAUUCCCGCCGGACAUUCCCUUGGUGGCACAGUCUGGAGGAUAGUAGCUCCUGGUGAAGAGGAUAUUGUGUAUGCACCUGACUUCAAUCAUAAGAAAGAACGGCAUCUCAAUGGCUGUGAGAUAGAGAAGAUCAUGCGACCAUCGUUACUCCUACUCGGAGCAGCAAAUGCAGAUUAUGUACAGCAGAGAAGAAGAUUGCGAGAUGAGAAAUUAAUGACGACCAUUCUUAGUACUCUUCGGGGUGGUGGCUCAGUGCUGGUCUGUACGGACACCGCAGGCCGGGUUCUAGAGCUUGCCCACAUGCUGGACCAGUUAUGGCGCAACAAGGACUCGGGGCUGGUGGCAUAUUCCCUUCUCCUCCUCUCUAAUGUCAGUUAUAAUGUGCUGGAGUUUGCUAAAUCACAGAUAGAAUGGAUGAGCGAUAAAUUGACUCGUGCGUUCGAAGGCGCUCGUAGCAACCCCUUCGCCCUCCGCCAUCUGCAGCUUUGUCACUCAGUGGCCGAGGUCACCAGGACUCCAGGGCCUAAGGUGGUGCUCGCCUCCUUCCCCGACCUAGAGGCAGGCUUCGCACGAGACCUCUUCUUGCAAUGGGCUUCUAAUAAUUUGAACUCAAUUGUACUAACAGCCAGGACAUCUCCAGGUACCUUAGCUCGGGAUCUGAUAGACAAGGGUGGAGAUAGGACCAUCGAGCUGACGGUGAAGAAGCGCGUGCGGCUGGAAGGUGCGGAACUGGAGGACUUCCUGCAGCAGCAGCGGAUGAAGAUUAACAAUAUUGAUAAAGAGGACGUUGGCGGCAUUUCGUCCGACUCGGAGUCCGAAGGUGAAUUAGAGAUGUGCGUGGUGACAGGCAGACAUGACAUGCCUGUGCGACACGACACGCGCCCCACCGGCUGCUUCAAGACCAACAAGCGGCACCAUGCCAUGUACCCCUUUCACGAGGAACGCACACGCGCUGACGACUACGGAGAGAUUAUACGGCCGGAAGACUACAGACUGGCGGAGAUAGUGGAUGCGGAGGGGGAGAUCAGAGACGUGCCGCCCGCGCCGCCGCAGAAACAGGAACCUGAUGAGGAAAUGAUAGAGAUCCCCAGUAAAUGUGUGAGCGGUGUCCGCGCGGUGGCGGUGCGCGCCGCCGUGCAGUACGUGGAGCUGGAGGGCCGCUGCGACGGCGACUCGCUGCUGCGACUGGUCGCACACGCCAAGCCGCGCGCGAUCGUCGCCCUGCGCGCGCGCCCGCACGCCGCGCACACGCUCGCUAAACAUUGUGAGAGUGAAGGAAUAGAGAAAGUGUUCACACCUAACAAAGGCGAUACAAUCGACGCUACCACCGAGUCUCAUAUUUACCAGGUGAAGCUGACGGACGCGCUGGUGAGCGGGCUGGCGUGGCGCAGCGCGGGCGACGCGGAGCUGGCCUGGCUCUCCGCCGUCGUGGCGCCGCGCACGCGCACUACUGACGCAGGCACAGAGGGUUCUCCGGAGGAGGAGGAGAUGAUGUCGCUGGAGCGCGCGCGGUGCGGCGCGGCGCACGGCGCGGCCUUCAUCAACUCGCUGCGGCUGUCGGAGCUGCGCGCCGCGCUCGCCCGCGCCGGCCUGCCCGCAGAGUUCAGCGGCGGCGCGCUCGAGUGCUGCAGCGGCACCGUCGCCAUACGCCGGUUGGAGAAUGGCCGCGUGGCGCUGGAGGGAGUGCUGUCGGAGGAGUACUAUAAAGUGCGGGAGUUGUUGUACGAACAGUUCGCUAUCGUCUAGCAUACACUGAACACCGGUUAUAAGUUAAUUUUUAAAUAUAAUUUGUAUAUAGACUUUAAGGCAAUAAAGAUAUUUGAAUUAAAA